UGACAGGCUUGUGGAGGGUGCCAGGCGGCCGUUCUUCAGCGCCAUCGCUAUAGCUGCCACCUCUGCCGUGUACGGGUUCCGUUCCUCCCUUUAUGUGCAGUCUCUCAUUACACCCAUCAGCAGCGAACACGGCCUCCGGUACUACGAGCGCGACACCGUGGAGAAUUGCGGUGCAAAAGCUGGUUGAUGCGGUAUACGAGAACCCGGUGCUUCGAGCCAGCAUUGGCCUGCGUGGAACCGUGACGUUUGAGAGUCACACAAAUCUCGGCACCGUCGAUGGCAGUCUCUCCGUACCUCUGGAACCCGCGCCCAUCUCCGGGAGUAGUGCAGGGGAAGCUGCGCUCGCACCGCCUGCAGCGGUCCGCAAACGCCGCCGUGUUGCGAAAGGAAAGGGCAAGGGCAAUCGGGCGGACCAGUUCUGCAUAUACAGAUCAUUCCUGAGGUCUUCCAAGCGGGCAUUUGUUGUGGAGAUGAUCCAACGGAACGUGCUCCCACGUCAAUUCGGAUCCGAGUCCAGCCGACAGAAAAGGGAAGCCUUCGUAUUCGCUGGAUGCGUUUGUAGGCAAACGGGUGGAUUCAGGUCCGCAGUGACUCGGCUGCUGCCUGGUGCUUGCCGUUGCUAGAGGGUAAAGGAACCAAGCGAUGUCUGGACCGAAAAUUCGUGGUUCGCACCUAUACCAAGGGACAGUGCCCAGCUAGCUCUUCAUCGAGAAUAGAAAACUGGUCGCUGUCCCCAAUGAAGUUGG